GAACGGACAGACAAAAAUACCCGGCUUGACAUUUUAAAGAUCUUUUACUUUCAUUUUUUAUUCAUGUCUUUGUUUCUGCGCAGACAACUGCACAAGAACUGUAAUAAUCUAAACAUGAAGAAAGAAUAAACGGAUUUGAACAUCUUAUCUAAGACCAUUGUUAUGUAUUGCAAAAGCACACAAAACGCACGAUCACUAGUUGAUUAAUUUUCUCUUUUGAAUGCAGUUUAUGGAGCGCAUUUUAGUAUAGCAUGGGAUCUUAGCAAGGGGUUGGAAAAUUAGACACAGCGCGUCUUCCAUAAUGAUCUCCUGACUCCAUCUUCUUUCCCCUUAAAAGAGCUGCCAUUCCUAACAUAAAAUCAACACUAACGAAAUUCUUCAACAGUUUUUUCAAACGUUUUGCGUUAUUCUCUACCUGUGCCUUUUUCCAGAAAUUAAUUGGAAGAAUAAAGCAUACUAGUUAUCGGACAGUUGUUAACCAACCAAAUUAGCUGCAUAUAAACAGAGUAUCUCUACUACAAUUUUCGACAAAACAUAUAGUAGAGAUACACCUAAUUUCAAAAAUGCUAAAAAAUGUAAAAUAUAAAAAGGAAACGCGUAAUUAAUUAGGCUUACUAGUAAUUUAAAGCACUUUAGAUUCAGCUGUCGCAUUUGUAACUUUUUUGACGGCUCGAAAAAAAACCGCCCCUGCUGCAAAUUAUUGAACAGAGCCUUUUGUGGUUUAUUAGUAAGCCUAGUUAAUUUUCCUCUUUCCUUUUUCCUUUUAGCAUUUUUCUGUGGCAACGUUAUUGCAAUUAAGCGUACAUCAAGUGAUUCAACAAUUUCGAGAGAUGAAUAGAAGAUUAAGUGGCCAGUGACAGAUCCUCCACUCGUCUAAGUAACGGAAUUUAAACUGAUCUUAUUUCCAAUAGUCAAUUUUGUUGAUUACUUACUUGAUUUCCUUCUCUUAAACCUGGUUCUAUAGGGGUUGCGGGGAAGGGGGGGACGCUUGAUGACUGGUCGCGGGGGAAACAGUUAAUUCUGUUUCCCGAUUGAAACAUUGAGAUUCGAGGGAAAAGAAAUUAACAGUUUGUCGAGGGGCAAGUCUUUAAGUGAUUUGUUAUAUAGCUGGAAACUUUGAACCUGGAAAUUGACUAAACCUCGCCGUAACGGCGAUCGUCGGUCAACAUUCGCGGGUCACAAGGCACCGUUACCCUCUGGCGUCAUAGAUUUUGCAAUGUUCCUCAGGGAUUUUGGCGGGAAACAGUUUCAUUGUUAGAUGUCAUGUGACCUCGAAGUAACCAAUGAGAGUGCGCGCUGUUGGGAAAAAAUUUCCAGUUAUAUAUAACUGUUAACCGGGAGAUACAGCUCAAAGAAUACCUACAGUUUGAAGUAUGUGAAGCCGUGAACGGAGUCUGGCACUCUUGACACUCUUUAAAGAAGAACAAAGAAAAAUCGAUAACAAGUGAAACAUUGUAAGGAAUUUCAUCGGGAAUAUUUGUUUAAAACAAAAACUGGGGAUUUCUUGCCAAGGAGAUCUGUUUAUUCAGGCAAAACCUAAUACAAAAGAAGUUUAAAAAAAAGGACAUUUGUUGGCUUAUGGCAAAACUCUUAAUACAAAGGUUUCAUCCAUUUAGCAUCCAGUCUGUUUACUUUGUACGAUUCCUGUGUUUAAACAGUGAAAUGUUUAAACCUAUUUUUGCACCUCUAAACCUCUAUCAAACAAAGCUGCCUGAACAGCUGAUUCACUUGAAAUGAGUAUUUCUGCAUGAUAAUACUUGUGAAUUGUAGAGUAAGUAAUCUUACCUUCUUCCCAACGUUGACAACGUUAGAAACCUGGAAAUGUUUCGUAUGUAUAUAUCGAAAGGUCUUCUGUCAUUUUUUUUCGUUACUUGGGGUGAGUAGACGUAAAUUUCUGUACUUUCUAAAUAUCUAAAUCUUGCUAAAUCCAUACCCAUGUAUUUUCACCCAAGAACUUUUAUCGGGUUCAAAACAAGACAGUUGGUUGAGCUACCGAAAAAAACUUGAUUACCGGCGACGAUGUAAUGAAAAUGUCAGUCUUUUUAAACAAUCUCAGGAACAUUUCGUAAUAGUUACAUUCAGAAUGGAAAAAAGAAAAAACGUCGUAGGCCAACAAAUCUUAUUAUUUCACAUGUUUGAAAACGUCUUCUCCUCUAAGUAUGAUGGAAGAAAACCGGAAAUUAAAAAGACGUCUUCAUGUAGUCUAAUUUUUUUUGAUACUUUUUAAUUUUAUCAUUUCAUUUAGGAAAGAACAUUUAGUUAAAUCAACACUAUCGUCAACAUUAUGGUAAAAAAGAAAAGAUAAGUUGACAUAACUAGAAAACUUAAAACUAAACGUCACAUUUAUUUUAGUCUUUGGUCUGUUGUCGGCUGGAAAAGUCAGUGAUAAGUGCAGCAAAGAUGGUCUUGUUCUAACUAGUCUGUCAGGAAAUAUUUCCAGCCCAAUGUUUCCGGAUGUUUACCCACCCAGACAGACCUGCAGGUGGAUUAUUUCAGCUCCCCAAGGACACAGAGUGCAGCUCAGUUUCCACACAUUUCAACUGGAAACAUGUCUAAUCCCCUUCAUUUGCACUUGUGACUACGUUAGAAUAAGAGAUGGCAAUGAUGAAAAAUCUCCCAGUUUGGGAAAAUUUUGUGGCGGUAACAAGCCCCCGUUCAUCCAAUCUUCUGGGCGAUUUCUCUGGGUCGAAUUCGUCACCGAUCGUACAAGAAACGAGAGAGGAUUCAAUGCAACUUACACUAAUGUUGGUAUGAAGUUUGUUUUCACUCUGUUCAGACCUUCUUCAGACCUUCUUACAUUUCUGCAGUCAUAUCUCGUCAGUCAAAACCCUAGAACUCGAAAAAUAUCCGGGGGGGGGGGGAGAUUUGGAGAAUAUAGCUACGAAAGUGGCGAUAAAGCUCGUCGUCUCGCACAGGGCGUAGGCUUUUUGCAUAUUUUGGUAACACUUUUUUAGCCAGAUACUAUAUCUGUAUUUGUAAAAAGAGGAAAUCGAAACCAAUCUAGUGGAAUUUUAAAACAACUAACAUUUUUUUUUGAAAUAGAAUACAAAGCAAUCCUUGAUCUACCAAAAAAGUGGGACCUCCUUGUAAAUAUUCUUUAAAUACCUUUUUCUCACUUAGUUCGAUCUUAAAAUUCUUGAAAAACUAGCUCUCUUACUCCUGACACCUGCAGCUAAUUCCUUCAGUUUUUAUCGAUUUUUUCCAGUCUAUGUUGAAUGUAAUUAGCUAGUCAAUAAUGCUUAAAUCAUGUUACUCUGCUUUAUACGUGGCUUUUAUAGAUGUACUUUGAUUGAUUAUGUAUAUUACAUUUUUUUUUGCACUAGGCUUUAUUUAUUUUCUUUUAUUAAUUUAUAUUUUUUGUGUCUGAUGUAAUAAAUUGUUAAAAUAAUAAUAAUAAAACACUUUCAUAUGGUGUUCAGGACUUAAACGCCAGUAUUUUGAACCACAAAGGAAUCCCUUAGGGUUUUGUCUGUUUAGUUUAGGAAAUUAGAAGAAGAAAACAAGAAAGAGAAAAUCAUUCAAGUGACACUUGCUGACUGAUUGGUGGGACUUAAAAGAUAUUCUAAAUAAGUUCGCGCCAAAAUCGAGACUGUUCUGUAAAAGCGCCGUGACACGUCAUCUACAUGGAACUCCUGGUUUUGUCUUCACGUGCUUCACAUUGGAGUCACCCCCUUGUAUCUUGAUUCAUUAUGAGUUAGAUUUUUAGCGGACUUAGCAGCGAUAAUAGCCACUAGUGAUUAACAUAUAUAUACUGGCGUCAUUCAAAGGUUUCUAACACAAACAUAUCACCAAAGUAAUUAACUGUUCUAUUUCCCACUGCUCCUGAACUCCAUUGUUUUAUAGUUUUCUGAGAAGAAGAUAUUGAAGAUAAAGUUGAAUUAAAUACGACGAUGACAACUACUGCACUGAAUUUUUAACGUUUAUUUUUCAAUUCGUCUUUGGCAAUUUCCGUCAUUUAAUAUUUUUGAAAGUUUAAAAUAAUUUAGAUUUCUUUUAGCUUUUUGGGAAAGCUUGUGAAAAAGAGGACGUGGAGUGUGGUGGCAAAAAACGGUAUGAAGAAAAGAAACAAAGACAUCUGAAAAAGCAAAAUAAAACGCCAGGUUUUCCCAGCUUUCUUUUUCAUCUAUAGUCAGACGUCAUCAAGUGUUAUAGUUCAGGCAGGAUUGUUGAUUUAGCUGUCUUCCUCUUCUUUUAUCUUUUCCCUACACUCACUAGCUUUCCCUCUUUUUUGUUUCAAUUUUAAGAAAAAUUGUAUAAUACAGUGGAACCUCGAUACAAUGAACCUCUGUAUUGAAGAUAACGAAGUUCUCGAUAAAACGAAUGAUUUUCUUUACCCCACUGAUUUUUUUUAAAAAUUUAUUUAAUGAAAAAAAAAUUAAUUACAAAUACUUGUUCUUUUAACUAUGAAAAAUAAUAUAUAUAUAUAUAUAUAUAAAAUAAAUUUGUAAAGGAAAGACACUAAAUUAAAAGGAAAAAGACGCAAACCUAAUAAGUGAAACAGUAUAACAGUGAAGUGUAGCUUAAAGGAAUAAGUAUUAUGAAAAUGAAAAUUGCAUUCACAUAUCUAAAGAAGUUUGUCCCAUGUUUUUUUGAAUUGCGAUAAGCGGAUAGAUCUAAAAGCUAUGGUGCGAAGAAUAUCAGUUUUGUUGUUUACCCCACUGAUAGCAAAAUGUAUGAAAAAAGAACCUCGAUAACGAAACCUCGUUAUAGCGAACCCAUUUUGCCAUUCCCUUGGCCCUUUGUUAUAUCCGUCGAGGUUCUACUGUAAUGUAAUUAACAGGCUGAUUUAGCAAUAGAACGGGAACGUGAUUUGACUACGGGAAAGCGCGCGUAAAGGACUUAACGCGACUUCCGGUGCGCAAUAUUUGUCGCUCUGCCAUUGGUCAAGCCAGUUAAUUGCGCACGCCGUCGUCAACUGACGUUCCCGUUCUGUUGCUAAAUCAGCCUUUUAAUGGUAAUAGGACUGAGUGGAGUCCGAUUUGUUUAAUCACGAGUAUGAUCAUAGAGGGCCACAAGUUUAUCAGUUUUUUCAUAACUGUCACGUGUUUACCCUCUUUAAAUAAAGGCGUUACCUUACCGUACCUUACCAAAUUGGACGACACGGAGUUCUCUUACCUAUUAAUCAUAACCAUACCAAAAUUUGUGACAUUUUAAGCUUUUUUAAUUUAAAACACAAGAAUAUCUGAGAAUUUUUUUCCCAGCAGUUAAAAAAAGCCAUUUAAUCAAGUGCGCGCGAGCGAUGGCGCGUACUGUCCAGUUACAAGGUAAUUGGUAGCAAGGGAUGGCGUAGUGGUGAGAGCGCUCGCCUCCCACCAAUGUUACCUGGAUUCCUUGUGUCGACGCCAUAUAUAUGUGGGUUGCGUUUGUUUUUGAUUCUCUCCUUUGCUCUGACAGGUUUUUCUCCGGGUACUCCGGUUUUCCCCUCCCCACAAAAAACAGCAUUUCCAAAUUCCAAUUCGACGAGGAAUUAGGUAGACGAAGAACCACUUUGUGGAUGUGCUACCUCCAAAUCAUUAUUUAUUUAUUUAUUUUAUUACAACGCAUGAAUCGUACUGUCCUAUUACACUGUCCUAUUAGUGCUGAAAUCAGGACAGUUGAUAGCCAAUCAGAUUUGAGAAUUCUGUCAUGGUUAUGUUUAAUAGAGAAAGAUCUAGUACGGAUCAUUCAACUUAAGCAUUCACCAUUUUCACCGACACCAUUAUGCACCUUGCUUACCCCCCAAAAUUUUGCAUAGACACUGUCUUCGAAUUCUCUUGGGUCGAGAGAAGAAAAGCCAUAACCAGGAGAAAUUGGAACUGAACAAUGGUUGUGUAAAAAUUUUGAGGGCGAACAAGGUGCAUUGUGGUCUCUGUAAAAAUAGUGAAUUUAUCUUAAUUCAUGUUCAUUAGUUCGCGGUGUACAUUCAUAAUUAUUUUCGCCUUCAUCUAUUACAUUGAAAACAUUUUAAUGAAAAAAAAAAGACUUAUCUUUUACUUUGUAGAUUGCUUUGACGACGACAAGGACUGUACAAGAUAUGAACAGAAAGGAUAUUGCUAUGACCCAAGCAAAUUUGACUACUCGAAGAGCAAAUGUGGGAAGACUUGCAAUCUCUGCGGCAAGUUAUUAAUCAGAAUAGUCACUUAGCACUCAAUUUUAGGGCGUAUAAGUCGCUAGAAAAGUUCCCGUUAGCUUUAAAAUUUUUGCUUAUGUCACCCUUACCUGUAUGUUUUUUUAAAGCAAAAGGUACCUGCCUGUGAUACUUGCAAUAAUGCUUAGAAGUCGCUCUUUAAAACAGGCUGAGUACCUGGCAGUAAAACGAAUUCGUAAGAGGGCAAACGAACAUGAAUCGACCUAUCACAACGAGGUCACGUUCACAAUACAGGAGUUUGUCUUACCACGGUAUUUCGUUAGUCAAUCACAAACGUGAGCGUUUCUUUAUAUUCAAGGCGUCCAUCUGUUUAAGUUCGUUGCAUUGUACACUUUUUAACUGAUUAUUAUUUUUAACAGAUGCCACUGGCCCUGAGUCUCUACCUGUCCGUGUAACUCCUGGAGCUGCACUAGGUAAUUUGAAACUGAUCAUGCUCAUUAAACAUGUUAGGUAGUCAGAUAGGUAAACGAACGCUGAAACGCACGGAGCAGCCUUGUCUACUGGUGUAUUUCCCGCAGUUGUCUUUCUAGCUCCUUUGGUUGGUGUGCUGCAUGGAUCGGAGAGGUCAGUUCUGAUCCUAGCAAGCCCGAAUUUUUUAGGCUUUCUGUUCGCAACUGCAUAAGUUGCGUCUUGAACUGCGAUGAUCUUCUUUGUAUUUAAAUAAGAAAGACUUUUUUCCUUUGGAGUGUUAAAACAAUUUUGGUUCUGACUGUGGCUUAAAAAUUGAUAUUUGUGUUUCUUGCGCGUACGUUACUUCGUUUUUCAGGUGAAUGUGGGGCGUCAGUCGUAACGCAUGGUCGAGUUAUUGGAGGUGAGGACUCUGUUCACGGUUCCUGGCCUUGGCAAGUGGGUCUGUACAAUGGCGACGAUAACAACAAGUUUUUUUGCGGUGGUUCACUUAUCAAACCUGACUGGGUCCUCACAGCUUCCCACUGUAUCUCCUGGUUCAUUAAACCUUCCGAUUAUCGUAUUCGACUUGGUGACUGGCAUCGGUUUUAUGUUGAUGGUACCGAGCAAGUGCGCAAUGUCUCCAAAAUUAUCACACAUCCAAACUACCACAGACCAGUCUUGGUUAAUAAUGAUGUUGCUUUGAUCAAGCUUGACCGGCCUGUGGUUCUGAACAGUCACGUGAAUACUGUCUGCUUGCCUAAGAUGGGCGAACAGGUCUCUUUAAACAGCACGUGCUUUAUAACUGGUAAGAAAUCAACUUUAAAAUUGUCUACUUGCUACGUACUCAUAAAGACUCCCAACACAAGAGUGUGUAAUUAGCUCGCAAUUACAAUGACAUAAUUCAUCAUCACUUUUCUUUGUUUUAAAUUACCACCUCGCCUCAGAAUUAUUGUAGCUCAUGAUGGUAGAGCUUUAAUCUUCACUCCGGCAAGUCCAACACUUGUUGGGGAUAUAUACAGCACUUAUCAUUAACUUUAUGGUUGAUUGAAAUCAGCAGGAUGCUAUGAUACAACUAAAAAAUUCAACUUGUGAGAAAAAGUAAAAGCCAACCUUUUACUACAUUUAAUAAUAUUUUAGCUUUUUUAAACCGCUGGGAGAAAAUGCUGCGAAAAGGAACAUCGCACCCUCUCUCUUCUGUCGGUCACCCAGUUACUGAAAUGUCCCUCUGUGCUAAGGGGUGUUAUUAUCUCUAAGCAUGUCAGUCAAUUUUUUGGUGGUUCCGGUUACAAAUGCCCGACGGUAUAUCAGUAAUUUCGCUCCCUACAAGUUCGCCCCCUACUUUCCAAGUUCGCCCCGUAAUGGUAAAACUCCAAAUUCUCUUCAUUCUAGUUAAAUCACGACAAGUCAUUUAGAUAUUCAACUAAAGCCAACUUGGGUUAUUGAAGGAAUUCUUUGCAGGAAGGAAUCGAAGUUCGGGAAAUUUUGAAUGGAACACUAAACAGAGCGCUGGAGGUUGUCAUGUCAAAGUAUAUCAAUGUCUCUUGACGGUAGUUAGAAUCAAAACGGCUGAUGGAUCGUGUUGUUUAUUGUGAAUAUUUUACGGGCAAGAGAUCAUAAUAGUCCCAUUAUGGCUCUUGACAAAGCUCAUUCUGACUAUGGGGUGAACUCGAUUUGUUAUGGGGCUAACUAGUAAGAGGUAACUCACUACGGAGCGAAACCACUGGCUUCUUCUUUAAUAAUUGCAGGCUGGGGAAAAGUAAAGCAUCCUGGGGGUGCUUAUCAUAAUCUUCAACAGGCAAACCUUCCUCUGGUCUCUGAUAAAGAGUGCUACGACAAACUGAAGCUCUCCCCAGUAGGAAUCCUGCUCAACCUCACUCAGCAGAUGAUAUGCGCCGGCGAGCCUUACGGCGACGUUAUGCGCGCAGGUUGUCAUGGUGACAGUGGUGGACCAUUUGUCUGCAAGGAAUCAUCAUCCGGGAAGUUUGUUUUACAGGGCGUCGUGAGCUGGGGGUCUGGAAACUGUAAUUUUGAGCAGGAGAACAAACAAUAUACGGUAUUUGCUCGAAUUAGCGAGUUGCGUCAGUGGAUAGACGACACCGUUAAAAUGUUUAGCUCCCAGUGA